AUGUCAAGGUAUCCUGAGGUCGAUGAAGCACAGCGGGGACGCUACAAUGAUGGCUACAACGCCCACCCGUCUCAGACACCCAAUCCUUAUGAACAACAACCAUAUGACCCGUACGACCAACAACACUUUGAUACCCAAUAUGAACACCAGCCGUACGAUCCGAACCAGCAAUAUCACCUCCCGGACCCAUUCCUUACCCCGCAAGUACAAUCAAACCCAUUUCCUCCAUCACCAUCGCAAGAUUUUCCUGUCGACAACUCGCAGCCCAUUACACGUCCGCAGUCGCAGUUCGGUCUGGAUUAUGAGAUGGUAGACCGUGAGGAUUUGGGUGAUAUGCCACUGUUGCAACGAAACGGUCCCUAUGCAUCAGGACCCAUGCCUGGAGGCUAUCAGGAGGCUAUUGAUGAUCGCUCGGAGACUAACAUUCGCUACGGACGCAUACCACAACGCGUACCUCGGCGGUACAAGACCAUCAAGAAGGUUGAACUUUUUCACGGUAACUUUGUCCUCGACUCCGCAGUACCAACAAAACUGCUGGAUAUGUGCGCUUUGCGUAACGAACGCGAGUUUACCCACAUGCGGUACUCCGCCGCCACCUGCGAUCCAAAUGACUUCAAGGACUCUGGAUUCACCCUCCGCCAAGUGCACUACGAUCCUCCCCGGAGAACUGAGCUUUUCAUUGUCAUGACAAUGUACAACGAAGACGAGGAGCUAUUCUGUCGUUCAAUGCAUGGUGUCAUCAAGAAUAUCGCUCAUUUGUGCAAACGAGAUCGGAGUAAAACGUGGGGGAAAGACGGCUGGAAAAAGGUUGUAGUCUGUAUUGUUAGUGAUGGGCGACAGAAGAUCAAUUCUCGGACGCUGAGUGUCAUUGCUACCAUGGGAGCAUACCAAGACGGCAUUGCAAAGAACAUCGUCAAUGGAAAACCUGUUGCAGCACACAUAUACGAGUAUACUACGCAAAUAUCCGUAUCCCCUUCAAUGAAAAUUGAAGGCGCCGAGAAGGGUGUCGUCCCCGUACAGAUCAUCUUCUGCCUGAAGGAGAAGAACCAAAAGAAGAUCAACUCCCAUCGCUGGUUCUUCAAUGCCUUCGGUCCAAUACUGCAGCCCAACGUGUGCGUUUUGCUUGACGUCGGUACUAUGCCCGGUCCCACCUCAAUAUACCACCUUUGGAAAGCCUUCGACAUCAAUUCGAACGUCGGUGGCGCAUGCGGCGAAAUCGUCGCUCUGAAGGGCAAGUACGGGCAGUUCCUAAUCAACCCACUAGUAGCGGCACAGAAUUUCGAAUAUAAGAUGUCGAAUAUCCUGGAUAAGCCACUAGAGAGUGUGUUCGGGUACAUCACUGUGCUGCCUGGUGCCUUUAGCGCAUACAGGUACAUUGCCCUACAGAACGACCAAAUGGGGGAGGGACCACUGCAGAAGUACUUUUUAGGUGAAAAGAUGCAUGGUGCAGGUGCAGAUAUCUUCACUGCAAACAUGUAUCUUGCCGAGGAUCGGAUAUUAUGUUGGGAGCUGGUCUCCAAACGUGGGGGAUCGUGGAUUCUGCACUAUGUCAAGUCUGCCUACGCCGUGACUGAUGUUCCGGACCAGGUUCCCGAGUUAAUUUCACAAAGACGUCGCUGGCUUAACGGCUCUUUCUUUGCCGCCAUACACUCUACCGUUCAUUUCCACUACCUCUAUCGUUCCUCACAUUCAUUCAUGCGCAAGUUCUGGAUUCACAUAGAGAUGGUCUAUCAACUGUACAACCUCGUUUUUUCCUGGUUUGCCCUAGGCAACUACUACAUCGCCUUCAUCAUCCUCUCCCAAGCGCUCGAAUCCUACGUCCCUCAAAUCCACAUCCUUAACCUUAUACUCAACUACUUCUAUCUCGGGCUGCUCAUCAUGUGCUUCCUUCUCUCGCUCGGCAACCGGCCGCAAGGCGCAAAAUGGGGGUACACCCUCGCCUUCAUCGGGUUUGGCGUCGUCACGAUUUAUAUGACAGUCUCAGCGUUCUUGCUUGCAUACAAAGGCAUCGAGAGCGUCGCACAAAGCGAAGGACGGGCGAUCCAGGCGAGCGACUUGUUCUCGAAUUCGAUCUUUAGAGAUGUUGUGCUCUCGAUAGCGGCCACCCUGGGGCUGUAUAUCGUCUCCUCGCUGAUCUUCUUUGAGCCGUGGCAUAUGAUUACUUCCUUCGUCCAAUAUCUGCUCAUGGCGCCGUCUUAUAUUGCUGUCUUGAACGUCUACGCAUUUGCGAACGUGCAUGAUGUUUCAUGGGGUACGAAGGGCGAUAACAAAGUCUCUACUGAUCUCGGUGUCGUCAGCGCGGGCAAGGGCGACAAUAAGAAUGAAGUCGAGGUAGCAGUACCUACGGCUGAGACAGACAUCAACGCAGCAUAUGAGGAUGCUAUAGUCGUUUUGUCCUCGAAACCACCCAAGGCGGAGUCUAAGCCCGAUCCGGCGACGCAGCAAGAAGACUAUUAUAAGACAUUCAGGACGAAUGUAUUGUUGGUGUGGACUUUGAGUAAUAUCAUAGAUGUUGCCACCAGCGCUUACCCUUUUUAUCGCAGAACGGCGACGAGUGGGACCGGAAGUGCAGCUGUGAACGGGUACAUGGCGUUCAUCCUGUUCUCGGUGGCCGGACUUGCGUUCAUUCGUUUCCUCGGGUCGACGACAUACAUGCUCGUGCGCUUGUUUGCAGGGGAGUGAUUCAGAUGCAUAUCUCGAAGCUCGGAUAUGAUACGGACUUGUAUGAAGAUGGUAAUAUGUCGUUGAUAUUGUUAUGCUUUGUGUUCCUGCCUCGUGUUGAUUUGUUGUAGUACUCUCCCUUUGAACUUUUUUUGAGUACCUGAUACCGUCGCUUCGUGAUCGUUCUUCGGUGCAUUUGUCUGUUAUCUGGGCAGAAGUACCAACAUGAUCUUUAGUCGGACUAUUUAUUAGGGGUUAUUUGAUAUGAGCUUGUCAGCUUCGUUGCCCCACUGGGCCCCCACUAGAAGGAAGA